GCAGCAACCACAACAGCCACAAGAACCCGAAGACAAGAAGCGGAUUCUUCCCGCGGCCAAAUCCUCGACCCGGCCCUCCUUUUCGGCUCCAGUGGCUCAGAGACUGGGCCAUGGCGCGCCAGCUUGGGCAUCGAUCCGCACUCCGGCCAUGGCGACGCGCGCACGGAGGAAGGAGGCCUCCGUGGGGAGGAGGACGGAGUCUCAGCCGGUCUUCGAGUCCCAGCGCCUGCCGCAGCUGGGCCGCAGUGCCUCCCAGCCGCCCCGGCAGGCCGGGGAUGAGAUCUUUAGCAUCAUGGUCAUGAGGCAGCUGCAGAUGCGGAAGGACUUGGCGGGUCAAGCGCGGCAAGCCUCCAAGAACCUGCCCAGGUUGGAUUGCCCGUCGCAAAACCACCAGGAGCAGGCGGCCAUCCUCAUCGCAUCUAUGGCAGAGGCGGUGAGCAACGGCGCACGGUUUGGGAAGCACCGGAAGGAGGCCCACGUGCCUACGGAUCCGGAUCACUGGCCGGCGCUGGUGCAACAGGCAGCCCUUGCUGCCAGCUCAGCUGCUGCUGCGGAAGCGUCAGGCAUCUCGCUGGACACCCGCGGCUACUCCAAGACCUCAAUGGGCUCCAUGCGCUCGGUUGAGGAGCACUUGAGCCCCUUCGCCAUCGCGCUAAACCGCCGGCGCGCGCGGGAGGCGAAAGCCCGAGAGGAGCAUGCGGAGCGCGAAGCUCCGACGAAGGUCAAGGAGGAGGCUACCAGGCCAGAGACGCCGGCCUACCCUUCGCCAUUCAAAGAGCAGCCCCCGCCACCCCCCAUGCCGCCGGAUUGGAGCGAGCGGCUUUGGGAGGACAAGAAGCGUGAGCUGGCGGAGGAGCGGUCGCGGCGAGCGCCCAAACCACAGCCGCAGGCAGAGCGGCAGCCAGACUUUGUGCAGCCCGAGCCGCCGCCUGCUCCUCCCCGAGAGGACUCGUUGCCGGCCUGGCGCCCGUGGCGCUGCCCAAUCUUCCCCUGGACAAAGAAUCCGGAGGAGCGGCCCCCGGCGCCGGGCCCGGCGCAUGGAUUCUGCGCCCCGGGCGCGCCCCCGCGCGCGCCCGCGGCGCCUUCGGCGCCUGGCGCCGGCCUUUCCGGCGCUCGGGCCAUGCCGCGGGCGGCUGGCGCGGCAGGGCCUGGCAAAGGCCCAGGGCCGCCGCCGGACGCCAAAAGCCCCGUGGGCCACAGCUGGAAUUGGGGCUCCGGCAUCUUCGCGGGCAACAAAGUGAAGCCGUUGUUCCAGGUGCCGCAAGCUGCUGAUUUGGAAGCCAAGCGCACGCGGGAGCUGAUUGCCCAGCUUGAAGAGGAGAUGCAGAAGACCCGCGUCUUGCCACUGGAGGAGCGCAAGAGGGUGUUCAAGGACCUGCAACGUCGUUUUCACCCGGCCAACCACAGCCAGCCGGGGGCGAUUUUGGGUUCCGAGGACAAGAACCCAUUGGAGGAGCAAUCCGCUACGCUGGCCUUUCAGCAUCUCAUGGACAGCCGUCAUAGCUACUUGAGACCGUGAGGAACUUUUCCUUGAGCCAUCCGGCAGGUAGCUAGAGUUCGAAUCGCCAUGGCGAUGGUUGCAUUUGAAGGUUGACUUGUUUUGCCCA